AUGGCAGCAAAAAGCUUCAAGCUCAACACGGGCACUGAGAUGCCGGCUGUGGGCCUGGGAACGUGGCAGUCCAAGCCGGGCGAGGUUCAGGAUGCCGUCUCAUACGCGCUCCAGGCUGGGUAUCGGCUGGUGGACUGUGCAUACUGCUACGGCAACGAGGACGAGGUCGGCCAGGGCCUCAAGGAGGCAUUUGAUGCAGGCGUCAAGCGCGAGCAUGUCUUUGUCAUGACCAAGGUCUGGGCGACGUACAAUACCCGGGUCGCCGAGGGCCUGGAAAAGAGCCUCAAGAGCCUUGGACUGGACUACGUUGACCUGUUCCUGAUCCACUGGCCUAUUCUAUUGAACCCACAAGGCAAUCACGAAAAGUUCCCGACCCUGCCGGACGGCUCGCGAGACGUCGUCCACGGAUGGAACCACGUCGAGGCCUGGAAGCAGAUGGAGGCGCUCCUGAGCACGGGCAAAGUCAAGGCCAUUGGUGUUUGCAACUACAGCAAGCGAUACCUGGAAGAGCUGCUUCUUCACUGCACCGUUGUGCCCGCCAUCAACCAGAUCGAAAACCACCCCAGCCUGCCACAGCAGGAGGUUGUGGAUCUAUGCAAGGCAAAGGGCAUCCACGUUGUGGCCUACAGCCCGCUGGGAAGCACCGGCAGCCCCUUGAUGAGAGCCGAGCCCGUGGCCAAGAUUGCGGAAAAGAAGGGCGUCAGCGCCGGCACGGUCUUGCUGAGCUAUCAUGUCGCCCGAGGCAGCACGGUUCUUGCCAAGUCCGUCACCCCGGCCCGUAUCAAGUCGAACCUGGACCUUGUCGAGCUCGACGCCGCCGACAUGAAGCUCCUUGACGACUACUCAGCCGAUCUGGCCAAAAAGGGAGAGCUGAAGCGAUAUGUGUACCCGCCCUUUGGCGUGGACUUUGGCUUCCCGGACAAAUCAUAG